AUGUCAGAUGAAAUCUCUCUUUCAUUAGAGGAGACCAACAAGGUUCGUCUCAGCCUUGGCCUAAGGCCCAUACCAGCAAAAGAAGACAAGCGAUAUGUUGAAAGACAAGCUGCAGACAAAGUCGCACCUGCUGCUGGGUUGGAAGGAAGAAGCUCACACUUUAUACAGGAUGAUAAAAUUCAGAUGUUGAGGAAGAAGUUAACACAAUUGCGAGGGCCUAUAUCUCUACAAGGAGAAAGAAAGGACGACACCAGAAAGGAUUGGCUCGAUCAGAUUGGAAAAAAUAAGAGUGCUAAGAAAGCAGUCAAGAUUACUUAUGAUGUGGAAGAAGAUGAGAUGCCACUUUUGAGAGUCUCGCAUAAGAUGCCAGAAGUCGCUAGCGGAAAAGGUAUGAUCUUGACUUUGAAGGAAAAUGAUAUACAUGCAGAGGAUGAGGACGUCCUUGAAAAUGAGAACCUGGUUCAUGACAAUGAAGAUGCCAAGAGAGUGGAACUGAGAAAAAUGAAUCGGGAUAGAAAACGACUAAGAAAAAAGCUACAUGUCUCGAGUGCAGAUAUAGAAGCAGAUGAGGAAGAAGAAAGCAGCUCAGUAUUACUUGUUGGGGCCGAAACAAACCUUUCGAAAGAGUUCGAACUCAACAAGCCUUUUGAAGAUGAAAGCGGCAAAGUCAAGGUGACUUUCCAUAGCAAUGAUUCGGACGAAUCUGACAUUGGUGAUUACAAAACGGUGACAAUAAAGAAGAGGAAAAAGAACCAUACCAAUGGCAGGAGUAAGAACGGGAGAAUUGCAUUACCGAAUCGAAUAGAACACGUCAAACUCGUGGAUGAAGACGCAGAUGAUCUGGAAGAUGACCUUUAUAUGCCAUUGGCUAAGAAAUCAAGACUAGAGUCAAGACCUGUAAAACCAGAAGUGCUAGCAUCUGAAAUUAAGAGAGAGAAGCUCGAGAGAGAGCAGAGAAAGGCUAACAUUGCUCAAAUGUCAAAGGGAAUGAUCAUCGACGAAGGUGCUACCUUCCUUGACUCUUUGAAGUCAAACUUAGUUGAGAAAGAUGACUUUCAGCAGUCCACUAUAACUUCCGAUCAAUCAAAGCGCUCUGAGCCUUCAGAGAUAACCAAUCCGACAGCUGAAAUGGCUACGAAGACGUCCAAUGGCACUCCAGACUUUUACAACGGUCUUGCUUCCACACUCAAUUUCUUACUAGAUAAGAAUGUGCUACAACCAUCAGAAGACGGUUCAACUUCUAAACCGGCACCAUUCGACCAUAGUGAACAGGUGCAAGAGAUACGCAAACGUAUCACAGGAAAGACGCAUAUUGAUCAUGCAAGUUACACAGCCAAAGAACUGGAAGAGAUAAAGAAAUACGAAGAUGAACAAGUAGCUUACCACGUUAACAAAGUGCAGAAUCAAAGACUAGAGGAUUACAAUCCAGAUGUGCAACUAGUUUACAAAGAUGAGAAGGGCAACCAACUGACCACGAAGGAAGCAUAUAAGAAGAUCUCUCAGAAAUUUCAUGGUACAAAGAGUAACAAGAAAAAACUGGAGAAGGCACAGGCCAAGAUCGAAUCACGAAAGCAGACUAGACAAGAGCCAAGUGUCUUUGAUCUUCUUUAA